UGGGGUCACACUGUUUUUGUAAACGUAAAUAAAAAACAUAUUGUUGAUAAGGAAAAUGGUUUGCGAGAAGUGCGAAGCCAAAUUAUCCAAAACUUCGGCCCCCAAUCCCUGGAGAACAAGUACGGCUCCCGCCGGCGGACGAAAAAUCAACGAAAACAAGGCUUUGUCUUCGGCCCGCGAGCGUUACAAUCCCAUCGGAACCGCUUUGGCGCCUUGUCGUAUUUGUCGGCAGAAGGUGCACCAGAUGGGAGCCCAUUAUUGCCAGGCGUGUGCCUACAAAAAGGCCAUUUGCGCCAUGUGCGGCAAGAAGAUCAUGAACAUCAAGAACUACAAGCAGAGCUCAACGUGAUGUGGUCUAUUAAGGAUUUCACUUAAGCCUAAACUAGCCAUAAGCAACAGAAUAAUUAUAUUGUAUAGUACUACAAAUGCCUAAAAAAGUCAAGUCUCUGAGGA